GGUCAAAUAUUUCGCGUCGAACCAUUUGACGCUUGAUAGACCCCACUUCACUUGUUGUGUGUACCAUUAUUGUUGAUUUCGGGGGUAAUUGACGAGUUUUCACAUCAAAUCAAACAUGGCGAUGGGCCGAAAUCAGGAGUUUGAUAAUCUGUACCGUGAAAUUGAUGAGCCUGUAGAAUCAAGGAAGCUGUUCUUGGGUGGACUCAGAAGUCAAAGUUCAGAAAGACACCUUUAUGAAGCUCUCCUCCCAUAUGGCCACAUUUUGGAGGUUCUCUUUGUUCGUGAUAAAAAUGGCAAACCCAAAGGAUUUGGUUUUGUUACUUUUACCAAAUCAUACAUGUUAGAGGCGGUAUUUGCUGACCAUCCAGACAAUCGCAUCAUUGUGGAUGGAAAGAACGUGGAAGUUAAGAGAUUAUCGGAAGGCGAGCCCAGCCGCUCUAAAGCAGCUAUGUUAAAGGCUGCUGUGCCUAAUGAGAAUACAACACGGAUCUUUGUCGGAGGUAUCUCGGAAAUAACCACUGAAGAAAACUUGAGAGAGGGAUUUAGUGAAUAUGGGGAAAUCAUAGAAGUUGAUAUCCCACCAAAUGAGAAGACUGGAAAGGCACGUGGUUUUGCUUUCAUUACAUUUGCAAGCAAGGAGAGUGUGGGAAAGGUUGUGGGAAUGAAGUAUUUAAAUUUCUUUGGGCGGAAAGUAGAGGUGAAAAGAGCCAUCGAAAAGGAGAAACUACAGAGAGACUCUGUACCUCCUCCACCAGCACCUUCACCUAAAGGCAAGCCCGAGGGAGCAAGUAAAGGAGGGCAGGGAGGUGGGCAAGGAAGAGGAGGAAAAGGGGGAGGGGGGAAAGGAGGAGGAGGGAAAGGAGGAGGUGGAAGAGGAGGAGGUGGAAGAGGUGGUGGUGGUGGCCGUGGUGGCCGUGAUGGAGGGCGUAGUGGCAGAGGCUUUGGAGGAGGAACAGGCGGAGAAAUGGGUGGUGAUAAACAGAGACAUGAUGCUGGUGGAAGAGAUCUUUGGAGAGACAGCAUGAGAAACAUGUUUGAUGGUCCUGAACAAUUUGGACCUGAAAGAGACUUUGACCAAGGCUACAGAAGGGAUAGACCCCCUUUUGACAUGGGACCUGAUAGAUAUAGGGGUAUGGGUCCAGAUGGGCCAAUGGGACGAGAAAGGCCAUUUGGACGAGAAGGACUGAUGGGACGGGAAAGGCUGAUGGAACGGGAAAGGCUGAUGGAACGGGAAAGGCUGAUGGAACGGGAAAGGCUGAUGGAACGGGAAAGGCUGAUGGAACGAGAAGGACCAAUGGGACGAGAUUGGUCAAUGGGACGAGAAAGGUCAAUGGGGCAAGAAGGGCCGAUGGGGCGAGAAGGGCCGAUGGGACGAGAAGGGCCGAUGGGACGAGAAGGGCAGAUGGGACGAGAAGGGCCGAUGGGACGAGAAGGGCUGAUGGGAAUGGAUCGUGGGAGAAUGAUGGACAGAAUGCGAGACAUGGGACCAGAUAUGCAUCAAAGAAGAUCACUAGGACCAGAUAUGCCUGGAGUUCCAGGGGACCUGAUGGGAAUGGGCUCAAGAGGACCAAGAGAAGGGAGAGGUAUGGAGCGAGCAGCAAGGGGAGGACAAGGAUUGAGAGACAUGGAUAAAUGGGAUGAGGCAAUGUUUGACGGUAUGCCCACAGACGAAAUGUUUAGAAGUCAGUUUGGAGAUGGUCCCAUGGACUUCCCUGGUUUCCCUGGAGAUGGACCACCAUCUCGUCCUGGUGGAUCAGGAGGAAUACCAGGAGAUUUCAAACAAGAGAUGAGUGAAGUAGAAAGGGAUCUUGAAAUCUCCAAAGCCAAGAUGAAGGAGUACUACAAAACCAUGUACAUGUGGAAGCUCAAGUGGUAUCAAAUGAUGAAGACCUGGACAGCAGCCAAAGCUGCUGUUGCUGCAGAGGUAACCGUGAAUAGCAUAACAGCAAGUCCUUCUAGAGACCCCCUUCCAGCUACCAGCCAGCCUCAAGGUAGUUCCUUUGGUGCUGUAGAUGGGAUAUGGGGUCAAGCCCGGGGUCAAGCCCAGAGUCAAGUAGCUAGUCAGGCUGCAAAUCAAGCUACAGUUCAAGCUCCGAGUCAAGCAAGUCAAGCUCCAGGGCAAAUGCCUGGUCAAAUGCCUGGUCAAACACUUGGGCAAGCACCUGGUCAAGCACCGAGUCAGGCACCCCUUCAUCCACCAGGGGUGGCACCAAGUAGUGGCGGAAAUGAAGACCCUUACAGAGCUCCGGUUGACAGUUUUGGAGGUAGAGCUGCUGGUAAUACUGGCAGCAACUUUGGAAACCAAGGUCAAGGUCAUCCAUAUGCAAACCAAGGUCAGACUCCCAGCUAUGGGAAACAAGAUCAAGACACAAGCUUUGGUGGUCUAGGGUCAAACUAUGGCAACAUGCCUUCAAAGUAUGGUCCAAUGAAGACGGAACCUGCUUACCCUGGCUCUUCAUUUGGAGGACCUUAUGGGGGAAUGCCAGGAAUAUGAGAACUGUAUGUGUUGAAGAAUCUAAGAAACAAGUCAAAGAUUGUAUUAUUUUAGCCUUCCAGUCAGCCUACUCUUUAGUCACUAGCCACCUAUUUUGAGUACUUUACUGAGUACUUGCCUUGAGAUUCCAGCUACAACCUGUGACCUAGGUGAUCACAACACUACAGCAUAGUGCUGUUAUUCAUGGUAUUACCACUAGAAUAGAGCUCUUCGUGAUAGGUCUAUGUGAAUACAAUGGUAUCGUCAAUAAAGGAUCCUAUCACUUUUAACUUAGUUAUAUUUUAGAUGAGUAUAGAAUUGGGGCAAAAAGUUCUAGCUUUUGAUUACUUCUGAUUGAAAUCCAACCGGCCUUGAGUUGAAAUGAAUUUAAGGUUUUCAAGCGUGAGACCUGUUUCCUGUAUCAUGCAGUCAAUGUUAAUAUUAUAUGUAGUAUAUUGAUUGCAUUAUUUUCAUCAGGUUGUUAACUGCAGGACACUUGACUUCAGUGAUUAAGUUAACAUUAGGUUUACUUGAUACAAGGUUAGUUUAGGUGUGACAUCCAAGACCCCAACUUGAACUUUAGCAUAUAUAUUCCAAGUAAAAUUCAAGACUUUGACUAUGUGUUCUAGUGUAUAUAUUUAUUUGCUAGUGCUUAUUUGUUAUACCUUGUUCUUAUAAAAAAUGAAUUAGUCUAACUGAAUGUUAUCUUCAUAUGAAAUCUAGUGUAAAUCCAAACUAAAAAAAAAACAUUUCAAGGUCUUAUUUACAAAAUUUGUCGCAGAAGGUGAAAUGACUUGACAUUACAACAAGCCACAUAUUUGACACAUAAAUAUGUGGACAUUGUAUGUAUUAUAAAGUUAUGAUUUUUGAAUUUAUUUCAAAAAGCAUCUGCAUGUAGACAUGUAUUUUCUCUUUCUGUUGAAAGGUAAGGUUGGUUGUAAAUAAUUAUUUGCUCUAUCCAUAACUUACUAUUACUAUGUAAGCCCAUAUGAUGCAAAAAUUAUUUAAUACAUUUUGUGUACAUCUGCUUUUUGUGCAAACAUGCACUAAAAAUAUGUACAUGUAAGCCCUCUGGAGCUCAUAUUCUAGACUAGCAAGAUGUACAGAUGUAAUUUUUGUAGCCAUAGACUUAAUCUUUUUACAUUCAUUAAAGAAUAUUCUGUCUUUUCUCUUGGUGUUAAUUUAAGAAAUCAUGGUUGAAGAUUUUCUAGCACUGGUGAAAAUGUCAAAACAUUAUUUUAGAACGAUUUGAAAAUAUGAUCUGGGUCCUUAGUCUAUGAUCAGUUCCUUGUGACUGGCCUAUAUUUAGUUUAUCAAUCGUUAAAAAUAUUAAUGUAUAUAUAUGACUUUUAUUGAAUUCUCAACUAGGCUAUUGUUGAAUAUAUGAUAUACCCUGCUUUUAGUUUCUAGAAACUUGGAUUGACUUCACAUGUAUUGGCACUGAAUCAAUUAGCUUUUUUAUUUGCUAGAAUGAUAAGAAUGUUACAGCUAUGGAUGUGACAUUUCUGUUUUCCAGGCUUAGACAAAUUAAUUUUUAGUCUUAUGUCCAUCAUGUGUCCUUAACCUUCUACAUCUUUUAAAUAAUGUACAUAAAUGGUACCAUAUUUGCAAGGAGGUAGGGGGAUGAUUUUGUUGGUUUCAGAUGUUAUCACCACACUCAAGAUAGAUAGCAAUAACAAUCAUUAUCAGUAAUGUGUCAUUAACCAAGUACUCCUUGUGAUACAUUGUGAUAGUAUACAAAUAAUGAAUGUUUAUGAGUGCAAUGGACAGAAUACUUCAUGAGGUGAAAGAUUAAUGAUCCAUUCAACGAGGCCUAUCCAAGUUGAAUGGAUUAUUCAUUUUAUCUUUCACUUCAUGAAGUAUUCUGUCCAUU